AUGGCAGCUCCUAAAAAUUUCUUCAAAGACCAGGUCACGCAAUGGCAGAAAAAGGUGGAUCAUCAUCGCGAGAACCAACUGAUAAAUCCUUUCUCGGAUUGGGAAGGUGCCUCGCACAGACCACAAUUGGAUAAAAAUGAUCCAAAUUAUGGAAAACCAGUUGGAGGGUCCCUGACAGAAAUUCGAGGGAAACAGGCCCAGAACCAUGUUUUUGGUGAAAUUUUGGAUUUAACAAUGACGAUUGACGAUAUUGGUGAACCCCAACCAGAUGGAACUAAAACUGUUACAUUCGGAAAACUAUUUUCGUCGUAUUUACGAGUUUCAAACAAAGUUGUUGGGAUUCUGUUAAGAGCAAGGAAACGGAAUUAUGUGAAAUUCGAGGGUGAAAUGUUAUACCAAGGGAGAGAUGAAAAUGUGGUUAUAACCUUAUUAGAAGUUCCAGAAGAUACCCGGGUUUGGGAAUAUGUUCCCAGUUUUAUGUCUGGUGGAUUUGAAUAA